CUACUCCCUUCCUUUUGGAUUGGUGACCCUUUUUCCUUUUACCCCACUCGCUGUGUCGCUGUUAUUGAUUGGUUCCAAUUAAACACCAACUUGGCUUCAAAAAUGGCACACUUGCUUUUGAUUUUCAUGCUUUCUCUUUUGAUAAUUGCUUGUUCAUCUAAGCUCGUACUCGAUCACACUGUGGUUGAAUCUCUCCCAGGAUUUGAAGGACCCCUUCCCUUUGAACUCGAAACCGGGUAUGUGGGUGUGGAUAAAUUAGAGGAUGUACAGCUUUUUUACUACUUUGUUAAGUCUGAAUCCAACCCCAAAGAGGACCCUCUGGUUCUUUGGUUGACCGGAGGCCCAGGCUGCUCUGCUUUCUCUGGUUUCGUUUAUGAAAUAGGUAAAUCUUUCAUUUCCAACUUCACUUUUUCUCUUUCCUCAAAUCCUUGUAUUGUAUUGGGGAAUUACGUAUAGAUAGGAAUUGAGGAAAAAAAUUACAAACACAUGAGGGUGUAAGUGUAUCCGUGGUGGGGUGGGUGCAAAUCAAAGGCUGUAAGGGUAGAAGUGUCACAUAAUUUUUUUUCCCAACUUUCACCUAUUGUAUUUCCCCUUUCCAAAACAACAGUGAUGAUCGAUUUGGGUUUUACUUGUUUA